AGCGGCUACGUACAGUUAAACGGGGGGCGGCGGCGGGGGGAACUUGUGUGGGGGGAGCUACUCCAGGUAGACGCGGACGGCCUCGUACUGCAGGUUCCGGACGGCCUCCGCGGCCGCGCCCGUCAGCGCCGGGCCGUCGACGGUGGUCUUGGCGCCGUCGUCGUCCUUGGACGCCAGGAGCUCCAUCUUGACGACCUCGAGCGUCCAGGAGUCGGCGCGCGACGGGUUGACGUACGUGACCUCGACGCCGCCGAGGAACGUGAACGUCACGGUGCCGUCGUCCUUGAAGAGCUUCGCCGGCACGGCCGGCCGCAGCGCGAGCUCCAGGCCGCCGCCGUCGCCGAGCGUGAAGGGCGCCGGCCCCGCGAAGACGAGCAGCCAGAUGCUCAGGAACUCCGCCGUCGAGCCCGACAGCCGCGCGAGGUACGAGGUGCCCCAGAGCUCCUCGUCGGGGUAGGCCGACGACACGAUGAACGAGCCGCACUCGAGCGGCGACCGCCCGUACGUCUCGACGUCCAUGUUGUAGGGCGCGCCCGUCGCCAUGGCCGUCCAGAAGUCCUCGUAGAGGCCCGCGCGCAGGAGCUCGAGGUAGUACUUGAAGGACAUGUGGAGCCAGACGGACUCGUUCUCGAGCCAGCCCGGCGUGAACGCCAUCAUGCGGCCCAUCUCGAAGGGCUGGCCCUCGAGCGACUCGCAGAUCUUGUACUGGCCGAUGGGCUUGUCGUAGAGGGGCGACGCGAGCACGGCGUCGUGGAUCUUCUUCAGCUGGACGCCGUCGGCCCGCGGCACGGUCUUGAGCUGGCGCACGGGCCCCUCGAGGAAGAGCGGGAAGACCUUGGCCUCGAAGGCCGUCGCGCGCACGAACGGCUGGCCGACGAAGUUCUUCAGGCCGGUGUACUCGUACGCCGUGACGACGUGCUGGAAGUACGUGGGCAUGAUGACCCCGUCCGUGUAGGCGAGCGACUUCUCGAUGCCCCGCUCCAGCUUCUUCGUGGCCCGGCCGAGGAAGUCCGCCAGCGUCGCCGCGUCGAGCGAGACCUCGUCGCCCGAGAAGAAGAGGCGCACGCGCGCGCGGUACGCCUCCCGAUACGAAGCGACGCGCUCCCAGUACUCGAAGUCCGUCAGCGACGCGUCCUUCAGCGCCUCGGUCGUGUUGGCGAUCAAGUCGCCGAGUUCGACCGGCACGACGACGGGCCGCUGCACCCUCCGGAUCGUGGACGCGAGCCAGUCCCCGAUGCGCCAGGCCUCGCAGGUCUCGGGCAUGCCGGACCCCAGCAGGCCGGGCAGGCCGUUCAUGGCGUCGUUCCAGCCCGGCUUGUUCGCGUCCAUCUCGACGCCGAGGCCGCUCGGGUCGAGCAGCGUGAACUUGGUGGCGAAGAGCAGGAGCACCUUGGAGACGGGCUCGACGGUGUAGACGGCGCUGGACGCGUCGUCGUCGCCCGUCGGCGCCGCGAGCUCGAACGCGCCGUCGGGCUGCGCGUCGCGGUCGGCGAGCUGGCCGAGCUUCUCGGGGUCGUCGUAGACCGAAUUGUACUGCCGGAUCCCGAGGCCGUCGACCUCGACGUACUUGAAGUCGCGCGGCUGCACCGUGCCCGCCGACAUGUAGAACGGGAUCUUCUCCGCGUCCCAGAGCGCCCGCUCGACGUCGUCGGGGUAGACGGCCUCGAAGGACAGGAUCUGGUCCAGGUCGUAGGUCCAGUGGUCGGCCCAGAAGCCCUCGUGCGUGUAGUUCGCCGCGAAGACCUGGCGCGCCGCGCCGGCGGCCGCGUCGAGGACGGCGGCCCGGUCCUUCGCGAAUUUUAUCUUCUCGGCCCGCGCCUGCUCGAAGAGGUCGCCCGGCCGGAAGGGCCGCGCCAGCAGCGCGGCGAGCUUCUUCCGGGACGCGGCGUCGCCCGCGAGCGCCUCGGCGACGGGCGCUGCCUUCGCGCGCGCCGCGGCGUCGUCGCGCGCGCCCUCGGGCGCGAGGCUGAAAAACGCCGUCGCCACCGUCAGCGGGUUGUAGCCGUCGGCCUGCUUGAGCGUGAGGAACUGCCGCAGGUUGAAGUCCCGGACGCCCGGGAAGAGCAGGACGUCGACGCGCCGGUUCUGGUUGACGUCCCGGUAGUUCCCGGACCCCUGGCUGAAGUACGUCGCGUCGAUCUGGAAGUUGUUGUAGUCCCGCUCGAGGUCGCCGUGGAUGCGCGAGAACGUGUGGUAGACGCGCUUGGCGCCGCCGCCGGCGCCCAGGAACUCGGGGAAGCCCCCCCGCAGCAGGUUGUCCAGCAGCAUCUGCCGCGAGAAGGCGUCGAAGAGCGGGUUCGCCGUCUCCGAGGCCACGGCGGCCGUGAGGCGCUCCGUGAGCGCGACGGCCUCGACGUACUUCUUCGAGGCGAACCGGUCCUUCAGGACCGUCGGCGCGAUGUCGUCCACGAGCUGCGGGACCGUGCGCGCGCGGCCCCAGACCGUGACGAGCGUCGUCGACGCGCCGGCCGCGAGCGUCGUCGACGCGACGGCGAAGGCGCACGGCGUCUUCGAGACCUUGACCUCGGCCGCGUCCGCGACGGCGGCGCCGCGCUUCGCGAAGCCGGCGGGGUCGCGCAGCGUCGUGUCGUCGCCGAAGAUGACGUCCGGGUCGACGACGACCGGCAGCAGCGCCUCGGCCGCGUCCUCGACGUAGCCGAAGGCGAAGUGGCCCUCCGUGAUCAUCUGCACCUGGGCCGAGUCGGCCGUCGACGCGCUCAGCUUGAAGUACGGGAGCGGGCACGCCGCCGCGCUCGUCUCCUCCGAGUCCUCGGCGCGGCCGCAGUUGUAGACGCGCAUCCAGCCCUCGAGCGUGCGGCCCAUGGUGCCCAGCAUGCCCGCGUUCACGCCGAACGGCUCCAGCUUCGCGAGGCCGUCGGCCGCCGCGACCUCGACACUCCCGUCGCCGACGUUCGUGAGCGUCACGCGCCGCACGAGCGCCGGGAAGUCCUCGCCCUGGACCGUGUAGUAGAGCACCCGCGUCUCGACGCCGCUCGCCCGGUCCACCUCCACCAGCUCGAGCUCGUUCAUCCCGAUGAGCAUCGUCCGCUCCCGAUGCUUGGACGGCGGGUCGAAGAAGGGCUGCGCCACCGUCGCCUCCGCGCCGCCGCGCGUCAGGCGGAGCAGCGUGCGGAAGCCCCGGAACGGCGCGUCCAUGUAGGCCUUGUUCGCCGGCUCGAACUCGAGGAGCGGCCCGUCCUUGUUCUCGACGCCGAAGGCGGCGACGCCCUGGCCGCGGUUCACGUAGAAGGCCCACAUGGGCACGCCCCACUCGCCGCCGAUGCCCGGCAGGAACGACGCGAAGGGCUUGCGCGCGUCGAAGUCGCGCAGCACGAAGCGCCCGUCGCUGUCGAAGUGGCCGCCCGCGUCCACGGCGAGCGUCGUGGGGAUUUGCGCGGCGGCGGCCCGGGGCGCGCGCCGCCGGAGCCGGUUCGCGCUGAGCGCCGCGGCGCUGCAGGCGGCGGCGAACGCGCC